CAAAGUGGCUUUUGAUUAUAUGGAUUUACUAUGCCAGUGUUAUCAAACUAGGAGGAAGUGGAGGAUUUGGGUUCUAAAGAUAUCUUCUGUGAUACUAGAAAGCUCAGAAUUUUGCUUGCAAGUGGUUUAGAUUGUUACGCCUGUUUUAACGGCGCAGUGCCGAAGCUUGGUUGCGUAAAACUCUGCCCUUUUGCUGCCCAUAGCAUUGAUUAUAGUGUGCGGUUCUGGGAACCUCAGAGGUUCCCAGAGGUUCCUUUUGCCAAUCGAUAGUUGAGAAAAUGCACUGCGGUAUCUAUAAGCAAGACAGGGGUAUUAAAUGUAUUUCCUAGAGCAAUAUAAACUCAAAGUUACUGCAUUUUACUCCAUGAUGCAUUUCUAAUUCUAGCGUCUUACAUGUGCUGGGUCCCUGUAACUCUCAAUCACAAAACAAAUACAGCUGGCAUAUGUAAAUCAUUUAAGUGCAUAGAGUCUGUCUUCUAAUAACACAAUACCAAGUGGAUGCUCCAAUGUGCCUGUGUGCAAAGUCCCAUGUUUUGUUUUUUUGUUUUUUUUUCACCCAAAAACCUCAUUGACAGCCUUAUUAGCAAGUAAUGCUAGUUAGCUACUUAAGUGCAGACUAUCCAGACUAAGGGAAAUGAACAUUUAUAUGAAUUGCUGGGAAAUGGACUACUGUGUAGGUGUAUCAUUAACCUCUCCUGAUGUAGGACAUCAUAUUUGUGCCCUCAGUAAAAUGUCACCAAGUAAUUGCCCAAUGUUUUAGCUAUGAUCUGUGGUGAUAUCUCCUCUCAUUGAAAGUAAAAUAUAUUAUUUGAGUCUGCUUAGCAUCUUUAUGUUUUGCAAGGUGACGUAUUGUGCGUGUUAUGUGCACUAGCAGGAGAGUUUUAUGACAGCUUUGCUAUGCACUUUAUUUUGCUCAGUUUGGUUAAGGUUUCCACAUGCCUGCACUUUCCUGAUUCUGAAAAGACUCGCCUUGGCCGAUGUGUAUAGUGCAGAAGUUGGUGGGACUUGGAAGCCCAUGCUAUAAUUACAACAUCAAAUUGUGUUGACGACCAUUAAGUGUUCAACAUACAUAGCAGAUGAGAACUGCGGUUUUGCAAACCACACUAUGUAGUAGUUUCUUCCUCCAGCUGUUGCUACUGAUUUGCCCAUCCUUGUAUACAGAAAUGCACAAAACCAUUCUAAUCUUAAACACACAAUUUUAAAUAGGAAAAAAACUAUUUCUAUUGGAAACAUCUGACAUGUAUGAAUUUAACACCAAGUCUUUGUGAACACACCUUCAACCUUUAGAUAGGCUGGGCUAACAUUUUGUUUUACAAUGACGACCUGAAGCAUUUUCUAUUGGCCCUAAUCCAGUAAAGGGGAUUCUUGCCCUGCAGUCACCAACGUAAUAAUACUGAGUGCCAGAGGAAAGGAAAUCGGAUCUCAUUAAAUAAAUGCAUCAAAGCACUUUCCAGGAUUCUACUUCAGUCCCCCAGGAUCUGGGCUUAUUUUAAACUAUGCUUUGGUAGAUUCCUGUUGAGUAGCUUCCCUUAAUUUUAAAUAAUUUACAAACAAAAACAUGCCAUUUAUUCUAAAUAAUGCAUGGCACAUCAUUAUGAAGUUGGAAAAAUGAGCGGAGGUGGCUGGGAGUGGCUGGAGGAGACGCAGCUGGGGAAAAUAACAGGGAGCAAGAAUGAGACAUGCAGGUGUUAUUAUGCUGUCCUAAAAAAGCCAGCCAGACAGGGCCUGAUAAUUGCUCAUAUUUCUGCCUGCUGCUCUGAAAGCCGUUUGUGAAUUACCAAUCAACAGAUCUCGCGACCCUGCGUUCUCUCCGUCUAAUCGUUAGUCUGUCAGCUCUCAUCAGCACUUACAAAAGCCAGACUGCUGACUAAUGCAGCUCCAAGCUACUGGUGAGCACUUGCACACUACAGAGGGGACAUGAAGUGCUAAAAUGUGUUAAAUAGGAAAGUCAAGAGGUGAAAAGUUGUUCUGGGGUUGUGGAAGACCUCAUAAUACCUGACAUUUCCUGUAUUUAUCACACAAUUGUGUAAUACAUAAUAAGAUGUAUUAAAAAAAGAGUCAUUUUAGAGCUAUAGACUAUUAUGAUAUGCAGUGCUGUGAAUGCAACAAGCAUACAACAAAGACAUAGCCUGCUCAGCAGAAAUCCAAUUGUCUUCCUGUACAAGUGGCGUGAUUACACAACAGCAGGCAGGCAGUCACACUCGAAUGAAAUCCAAUCCAGAAAAACUCUCAUUUGUAUGACGGGCAGUCAGUUGCGCAGUCGUGCCAUAGGCUGCUUCCUCUCAGUGCCCAAAAGAAGCAUGGUGGAUUUGUAGCAGCCCUGGGUAUUUUUAGACCAAUGUCGAGGUCAAAAUGUGAAAUGACGUGUCUUUGUUGCCACACACAGCACAGCUAAGCCACAUGCUCCAUAGUGUAUUACUAUUUUGGCUAAUUGCGAAUGGAAUCAGAGCUCUGUUAUAUGGGUAAGCGGGCACCAUGCUGACUAGCAUCACAGAGGGCAUCCUGUGCUGCCUGACAGGCAAAAGUGGAAAUGUAGUGCUGCCUGUGGAACCAUCGGACGCUGCCCCUUCGGAUGGGUUCGAGUUUGUAGAGGUGAAGCCAGGCCGUGUAUUGCGUGUACGCCAUGUCCUGCCUGAGCGUCCUGAUAAUCCCGAGCUGCAGCAGGAGCAGGGUACCAGUGUGCACUGCAAGCGCAAGAUCACCGUCUACCGCAAUGGUCAACUGGUGAUCGAGAACCUGGGUGACGUGCUGCGCUCCGAGAUUCUACAUUGCCCCAAUGGAGAAGUGGAGCAGUGCAGCACUGUGGAGGUGGAGCUUGCUGAUUACUUCACUGCACCUUCCUCCCCAGAACCUAAACCAGCUCCUCCUCCUCUUCCGGCCUCAGACCAACAGAAACCAGCUCCACCACCCAGGCGGCGCAGGAGGAAGCCCAAGCGCACAGUUCUCAUUGACUCAGAAAGAUGUAUCAGCAGCUGUAAGGGGACACACUCGGAUGUGGCACUCUUCUUCAUCCAUGGCGUUGGAGGCUCACUGGACAUCUGGGGUCGUCAGUUGGACUUCUUCUCCAAACUGGGCUAUGAGGUCAUCGCGCCAGACCUGGCAGGGCAUGGAGCCAGCACGGCCCCGCAGAUAGCGGCUGCUUACACGUUCUAUGCCCUGGCUGAGGAUCUGCGUGCCAUUUUCAAGAGAUAUGCCCGCAAGCGCAACAUCCUCAUUGGCCACUCAUACGGGGUGUCAUUCUGCACGUUCCUGGCACACGAGUACCCAGAGCAGGUACAUAAAGUGGUUAUGAUAAAUGGUGGAGGCCCCACAGCGCUGGAGCCAAGCCUCUGCUCUAUCUUCCAGCUGCCCUCCUGUGUCCUGCACUGCUUGUCGCCUUGCCUCGCAUGGAGCUUCCUCAAGGCUGGAUUUGCCAGACAGGGAGCCAAAGAGAAGCAGCUGCUAAAGGAGGGAAAUGCCUUUAACGUGUCUCCGUUCGUGCUGCGGGCCAUGAUGAGUGGUCAGUACUGGCCCGAGGGAGACGAGGUGUACCAUGCCGAGCUCACUGUCCCCAUCUUGCUUGUACAUGGCCUUUAUGACAAGUUUGUGCCCAUGGAUGAGGACCAGCGAAUGGCUGAGAUUCUCCUUUUUGCCUUCUUGAAAGUGAUCGAAGAGGGCAGUCACAUGGUUAUGAUGGAAUGCCCAGACACAGUCAACACACUUCUGCAUGAGUUCUUUCUCUGGGAGCCAGACAUCACCAGAAAGGAUUGUGUGGAUGAUACACCUGUUGCUCCGACUGUUACUACAGACACCAUGACUGAUGAAAACACUGGCACACAAAAAUCCAACAAGCCUGUAAACAAAUAACCGAUGAGGAGUGGUGUUUUUGUAGGGCAAACCAAUCAGAAGGCUCUUGACGGCAGGCUGUAUGAGGUGGAGUGAUCACCCAGGCUGAAAUUUUUGGGAGCUGAAGAUUGAGCUGAGGGUUCGAGCAGGUUGCACCAAGAGAGCAAGAACGGUUCAAGAGGUGAGACUCUGCCAACACAGGCCAGAGGUUAAAAGGAAAAAAUGAAUGCAUAAACCUAAUUUCAGAACAGAAAUCAUGGUUUAUUACAUUUCAUUGGUGUCAUAUCUCUCUGCUACCUUUGGACAAAUAUCUUUUCUUCUUGUGGUGUAUCAACAAAAGGACUAAAGCUCUGUCCAGUGGAUGAAAUCGGGCAGAUUUUAGUACUCAAUCUCCAACUGGAAAACUACAAACUGAUUUUUGGCUGGAUUACAGAGGUGUCCCCAUGCUCAUGCAGUGCUUGUAAAUCUAUUGUGUGAUCUAUUGUGAUCUAGGCCACAUGAAUGCAUCAAAGUGGGGAAAGAAAGUGAGCUCAGAGCCAAAUCUUAGUGUCAUGUUUUUACAUGCUGUUGCUGAACACUGUUAUUUGUUCAGAGUAAUGCCGAUAAUUAUGAUGAGGAAACAAAAUAAGAGUAGUGAUAUUGUCUUCCCAUGUAACACACACCUACAGCCCCAGGAGGAUUAAAAAAAAAAACAGAGGAGGCUAGAAGGGAAAACAAUGACAAACUUGGAACAAGCGUCUUUAAAUUGAAGGCAUUACCUCAGUACUCAUUGAAUAAUUGAGGCUGUUAUGUAGAACAUAACUAACAUACUAACAUAUCACUGUUAUAGUUAAAUAACCUGCUGUAAUGGGCGUUCUCUGCCAUGAAUUUAUCUGUUUCAUUUAAACAAACAAAAAGAGCAGCUUUGUGGCUAAGUGCAGGGCCGAAGGGUGAACACAAACGCAAUGAGCAGAAAAUGCUUUCAGCAGGAGCACUUUCAUGUCUCCUAGCAACGAGAAACUGGAGGAAAUGAUGUGCUGGUGGUGUAUUCACAGCUCUGCCACAGAGAGGAAGAGUGACAGAGUGUAUGUGUGUGUGUGAGAGAGAGAGAGAGAGAGAGAGAGAAGGGGGGGGGAGGAUGUUCAUUCUGAUGUACCACUGAUAUGGUUUUGGUGCUGUAAUAAUACCCAGGGAAUAAGCUAGAACAACAAAAUACUGUUAAUAUAAUCCUAACACUGGUAUGCUAACAUGAAGACAAUGACCAACACUGAGACACUAGAAGGAGGAGAUCGAAAUAAUAUCAGUGUCACAUCACAGCAUUCAUAUGAAUGUACAUUGACACACAUUGAGUGAUUAAGCAUCAGGACGGGGCAUGAAUUUCGGAAAUAAACAGAAGCACAGAAAUGGUGACUCAUGAGCAAGGCACAGAUUGAGGAUAUUUGAAGGUGCAGGUUGCCAUAACAACAGAGUAAAAUACCCACAUGGCUGGAUGGCUGAUAUGGGAACUGCAUUGUAGAAAAACAAAAUGGUCCAUGUGCAUUGCCUUCAUUCGUUUUUUUGAGUCGAAAUGAAAAUGCGAAAACAAAGAAACGGCUUUUUGUUUUUCUUGGCACACACUGACAGGAAUUAAUUCGCUGUACUCUGGAAGCUUAUUCUGCUUUCAUAACAGAUAUGUUGCAAAUAAGAUCAGCGUAUGCAGUGAUACAUUUUGGGUGAUUAAAAAUUCUUAAAUUUCAGCACCUGGAAAAUCCUCCUGACUUUUUUCAUCCGCCAUGUCGUCCUCCAUUAACGUCACACACCUAGUGAUCUACAUUAGCAGUACAUCAGGCACAAACAAAAUUUUUAAUUCACCUUCUUCUUGCUACUAGACAGAUCAGUAGUAAAUGCAGAUACACAUCCAGGUCAUUCAAGAUCGUUCAUUAAUUUUAGCCCAAUAACGCAUCUGAAAUGGUGAAAAAAAGAAGCAAAGCAAAAAUACGUCAACUUUUUCGCAAUAUUUAUUAUUUAAAGCCAAAAACAUCUCAUAUGAACGAAUGAACACAAUGUACGUGGCCCCAUCCCAGGCUUUUCGCUUUCCUAUCAGGUUAAUGCAAUGAAUACGAUGCAGCAAAAUACAGAGAAAGCAAUGGAAACCACACAAACAGUCUGUUAGUCCGUUUAUGCACAGAUUGGUUAUUUCAAAAUUAGAAUUAAGAAAGCCAGAGUUAUAUUUACCUUGGUGGAUUAGAGUAUAUCUAUUGUAUCUGCAUUUUUAUAAGGGGAAUCAUGAUCACUUAAUUUCAAACACUGUAUUUAAACAGCACUAAUAUCAGUGUUUGCAGGUCUGGCUCAAGAAUGUCAGUCACUACACUAUUAAAGGUACUUGUGUAAAUUAUUUUUUUAAAGUUAUUGUACAAAAAAUCACUGUAAGAGAAUCAUUAUGCAUGCAAAAUGGAAGAACAACGCUUAGAGCAAAUCUAUUUAUCUCCCCAAGACGACAGUUUUUUUAUUCUAUUUAUUCUUCUUCGUCAAAACCUUGUGACAUGAAACCAUUUCUAAAGCACAAGUAACGUUUUUAAGCAUGGCAUUUCUGACCAUUGCAUUCCAGAGUGAGCCAUGUGAUACAAAUUAGGCUGUAGUUUUAACAAUAUUCAAGCAAGUGGUUUCAGUUGCUUGAGAAAAUGAAUUCACAGCAUCUGAAUAACCUGAAUAUUUUUUUAAUGCAGGAUGCAAGCAAUCUCAGUUUCUAACCCUAGAAUGACAGAUUCUUCAAUACACAUGGAUGUGAUCGAAUGUACAUCCAUCCUUAGAUUCUACAUGCAAGGACUUGGGUAAUCACAUACGAUUGUUCAUAAUGGGGAAUUUUUUUGGGUUGUGCAGCAAUACCGUUUUUCUAAAGGCUGAUGAACACUAUACUGUGUGAUAAUAACUGCCAGGACAAAUAUGCAUCGUUUCACUUUAUCAUCACCAUCAUGUUUCGGGGAAGAAAAAAAAAUCCAAAAACUAUAUAAUAACUCAACUCUUAAUUUGUACUACUGAUUAAUGAUCAUGCCAAGUAUGAACAUAUGGUGUAAGUGUGAACCUCUGAAAAAAGUGCAAAUAAGUAAAUGCAUUUUCAGACUGGACGUAGUCAGUAAUAACGAGUGCUAAACAUUUAGCGACUGGGAAAGACGCAGCUUCAGGUGCAGUGCGAGUACAUGUCUCUACAAGUAAAUGGAUGUUCACUUACUGAACAAGAAGGACUGCAUACUGUGAGAGGGUGUUGAAAGAUGUAGCAGUUUCUCUUCAAGAACAAGCGAACAUCAAGCAAUGCCAAAGUACCUCUAUAGCUUGGCUUAGAGCUAGAAAGAGAGGAGUUCAGUUUUGACAUUCAAGAUGAAAGACUCGUCCUCCUGCUAUUCCUUGGUCUGUGUGUGUGUGUGUGUGUGUGUGUGUGUGUGUGUGUGCAGUGUCAGUGCUCCAGUGUAUUACCAUUUGUGGUUCAAUCUAUGCCAGAGGUCUAUGUUAUACUAUCUAUGAAGUACACACUGCCUGAAAUGUGUGGAUAUAUAAAACAAUAAAAAUCAACAUAAAAAAGCAGCUCUGUGGGUGUUGAAUGGCUUGGAGACAUGUGAGGAGUUUUUAGCUAAAAGAAUGGAUCCAUCAUUACAAAUGGUGAGUAUUUUCUGUCCCUCUUGUUUUAUUCCCAUUUAGCUAUGAUACUAAAGGAAAAUUCCUCACAUUAAAUAUGUUUAUACUAAAAUAUUUAUGAUGUGUUCAGGGAUUCUGGUGCUACUUUGGCUGGUGGUGUAUUUUCGCUAGUUGUCAUUUGUGUCCUGCUCUGACAUCACAGAAGGAUAUUGCUAGUGCAGUUUAACAGGAGAAAUAAAAAAUCAUAAUAAAAAAUCUCAGACAUAUGGGAAGAUGAUCAGGUUUUGUUGUUAGCUCCUAGAAAGAAAAGAGCAAGAACUUCUUAUCUCGCUCAUCAUGUUCCAGCAACACAAAAUAGCCCAUUAAUAAGAAAUCCAAUGUAAAAGUAGUGAAGACUGCAAACAUUGGACUCAAAGAUCCAGAAUGCAGUGCAGCUAUGUACGACACAGUUGUGUUACGGCUCAGGUAGUUGGCGAUCUGCGAGAUGACAAGGGCAAUGGCACCGACAGUGGUAUUAGAAUGAAAGUUGAAGUGUGAGUGUACAGCGUACAGAUGAGGAGGUGAGAGAGCACCACUAUCAGCAGGUACUUGAAUGGCAUUCUGGGUAAUGUAGGAAACCAUUAACCAAAGUGAAAAUAGAUGGACAUGUCGACAAAAGAAGUUUUAAAAAAGUCAACUCAGAUAUUAAUUAUAAAAUAAAUCUUGGAUGCCAUUGAAGAUUACGUGUUGAUUAUAAAGAUUAAUAUGCAAGCCAUUAAGGGUGGAUUUUUUUCUUUAAUUGACUAGUUGUAGGCUAAUAGGAAGACCAACAGCAAAAGUCUGCAUUCAUACAUAUAUAGUGGACAAAAACAAGCACAAUGGGAAAAGCUGGAUGGAACCUGUGUGUCAGUUUAUAAUCUACCACUAGAUGGUGGUGUUGAUAGAGAAAACCUGUACAGCUGACCUGCACUUGCUUGCAGCUCUCUAAGACUUCAGUGUAUUGAACCCUUAAACUCCUGAUUAUUCAGUUAUUCAUAUUUAAACAUACUAUUCAGUAGCUAUCAUAAACUUUUCACUAACUCCAGUGAAAGUUGUAAGAAAUAUACGUAGUUAAAAAGGGUGAGUCUGGACCGACCUGAGGAGUUUAAAGGGUUAAACAGCUUCUUUUUUUUUAGUCACAUUAAGAGUCAACACAGAGCUUACAUCAAGUCGCUUUAAUCAUUUCCCUGUGAGUGUUUGGAAUUAGCAGUAAAGCCUAAAUUUUGCAGACACGUGAAAUGGCCAUCAGGAAACCCUGAAUCACAAGAAACAGCCAAAUAUUUAUAUUCCACACUCUCGAAACAGUCAUCACGUUUCCUUCAUAUUGAAAGCUUGGCCACAUGAUCACCCCACCCUCCUGCAUAUUUUUGAACUUAGUAAAUCAUCAAAUAUGAAGUCAGCUCUCAA